GCAUCAGGUGAUUGCGGAGGUAACUUCACUCUGCGGGUUCAGGGUUCCGCCUCUAAACUAGCUAGCUAAAUAAAUGGUUAUCCCUCUACCCAAAACAAACGAAUUUAAUUUUUAUAUGACCCAUUGGAAUAAAGCAGCAAUUCACUAUUGCACUCUGCAGUAGAUAUUUAAGAAAACAUGGCUGGACGUCUACCGGCUUGUGUAGUUGACUGUGGCACAGGGUACACAAAGAUUGGAUAUGCUGGAAACACAGAGCCACAGUUUAUUGUUCCUUCAUGUAUUGCCAUCAAAGAGUCGGCCAAGGUUGGAGACCAAGCCCAGCGCAGGAUGACGAAGGGGGUGGACGAUCUGGACUUUUACAUCGGUGACGAGGCAAUAGACAAACCAAAUUAUGCAACAAAGUGGCCCAUUCGUCAUGGGAUCGUGGAUGACUGGGAUCUCAUGGAGAGGUUCAUGGAACAGGUCAUCUUCAAGUAUCUGCGGGCAGAGCCCGAAGACCACUACUUCCUCUUGACAGAGCCUCCUCUGAAUACCCCUGAAAACCGAGAGUACACAGCAGAGAUUAUGUUUGAGUCCUUCAACGUUCCAGGUCUUUACAUCGCUGUACAGGCGGUCCUGGCGCUGGCAGCCUCAUGGACCUCCAGACAAUUGGGCGAGAGGACCCUGACAGGGACGGUGAUUGACAGCGGUGACGGGGUCACCCACGUCAUCCCAGUGGCAGAAGGCUACGUCAUCGGUAGCUGUAUAAAGCACAUUCCCAUCGCUGGUCGUGACAUCACCUACUUCACCCAGCAGCUGCUGAGAGAGCGGGAGGUGGGCAUCCCACCAGAGCAGUCAUUGGAAACAGCCAAAGCCAUCAAGGAAAGGUUCAGUUAUGUCUGCCCUGACCUGGUGAAAGAGUUCAACAAGUAUGAUACGGACGGCUCUAAGUGGAUCAAGCAGUACACGGGCAUCAACUCCAUCAGCAAGAAGGAGUUCACCGUCGACGUGGGCUACGAGCGCUUCCUUGGCCCUGAGAUCUUCUUCCACCCAGAGUUUGCCAACCCUGACUUCACCCAACCCAUCUCCGAGGUUGUUGAUGAAGUCAUUCAGAACUGCCCUAUUGACGUCAGACGUCCCCUCUAUAAGAACAUCGUGCUCUCUGGAGGAUCCACUAUGUUCAGAGACUUUGGCCGACGUCUGCAGAGGGACCUGAAAAGGACAGUGGACGGCAGACUGAAACUCAGUGAGGAACUGAGCGGUGCCAAGCUGAAGCCCAAACCCGUCGACGUGCAAGUCAUCACUCACCACAUGCAGAGAUAUGCUGUUUGGUUCGGCGGGUCUAUGUUGGCAUCAACUCCGGAGUUUUACCAAGUGUGCCACACCAAAAAAGACUAUGAGGAAAUCGGACCGAGCAUCUGCCGCCAUAACCCUGUCUUCGGGGUCAUGUCUUAAAAAGGACUUCCCUCGGUUAUCACUGGAGCUUGCAGUUGGAGCAGAAUGGAGUGGACGGACAGAGGCAGAGUGGCAUUACUGCACUACGGUCGCUGCUUCAUCCAGCCUAUUUCCAGGGCUACGGUUGAAGACAAAAUACAGGAAGAGAAUGACAGAAAUACAAUGACUAGAUUCUAUUCCUAUGGAGAAUGACUCAUUUAUCAACUGCAGACCAACUAUCAGGCUGACAAACGGGGGGUGAAUGUCUAUGAAAAAGAGAAGGAAAUGUUGUCUUAAAGCAUUUUCAGGGCAAUUGUGUGGACACAGAAUAAUGUGCAAGAUAAUAAAGGCAACUCAUGUAUGGUUAA